UGGAUAUGCAAAACCUGUAUUUCCUUUGAACGUAUAAACAUGGUCAUCAUUGCCAUGGAUAAGUUGUUUGUUUUGGGUAUUUCAUUUUGCAUAAUUUUGAGUUCAGCAUUCACUGAAGCAGCUCCAAAAGCUUCACUUGUCACUUCCUUACCUGGUUUCAAUGGCACUUUCCCAUCAAAACACUACUCGGGGUAUGUGAGCUUCAACCAGAAGAAUCUUUUCUACUAUUUUGUUGUUUCAGAAAGAAGUCCAUUAAAAGACCCUGUAGUUUUAUGGCUUAACGGUGGACCUGGCUGCUCUAGCUUUGAUGGCUUUGUCUAUGAACAUGGACCAUUCAACUUUCAAGAACACAAAAAAGGAACUCUCCCCAUCUUGCAUCUCAAUCCAUAUAGUUGGUCCAAGGUUGCAAGUAUCAUUUACUUAGAUUCUCCUUGUGGAGUUGGAUUCUCUUACUCUCAGAAUGCAACUAAAUACAUUACUGGUGACCUGCAAACUGCUGCUGAUACACAUACUUUUAUACUUAAGUGGUUUAAGCUAUACCCAGAGUUCCUUGACAAUCCAUUUUACAUUUCUGGAGAGUCUUAUGCUGGGAUUUAUGUGCCUACUCUGGCUGCUAAGAUCGUCAAAGGACUAAAAAUCGGUGUAAAACCCAGAAUCAAUUUUAAGGGUUACACAGUGGGCAAUGGAGUGGCAGACAACUAUUUUGACAGCACUCUAGUUGCUCUUGUACCUUUUGCACAUGGAAUGGGUCUCAUCUCUGAUGAUAUUUAUGAGGAAAUUCAAGUUGGUUGCAGUGGAAACAGGAUCAAGCCUUGUCUUUUGGCUGUUCGAAAAGGUGCCAAGAGUCUGGGGGACCUAAACUUUUAUAAUAUACUAGAGCCCUGCUACCACAACCCAAAAGAAGAAGGAAACACAAGCUUGCCAUUAAGUUUUCAGCAGUUAGGGGAAAGUGAGAGACCUCUCAAGGUAAGAAAGAGAAUGUUCGGGCGUGCUUGGCCUCUUUGGGGCCAGAUGAAAGAUGGCACUUUGUGGCCUCAACUUGCAUACCACGGCAGCGUUUUGUGCUUUAAUGAUGAAACUGCAACUGCAUGGCUUAAUGAUGAAAGAGUUAGGAAAGCAAUUCAUGCUAAACCAAAAUCCAUUGCGGGUCCUUGGGAGCUUUGCACAGAUAGAUUGAACUACUCCAGUUAUGGUGCUGGAAGUAUGCUCCCUUACCAUAAGAAUCUUACAUUGCAAGGAUACAGAGCACUUAUUUACAGUGGAGACCAUGAUAUGUGUGUGCCAUUUACUGGGACUCAAGCAUGGGUUAGGUCACUCGGGUAUAAGAUAGUGGACCAAUGGAGACCAUGGAUAUCCAAUUACCAGGUUGCUGGGUACCUGCAAGGAUAUGCUAAUAACCUCACAUUCCUUACAGUAAAGGGCGCAGGGCAUACAGUCCCAGAAUACAAGCCAAGAGAGUCACUGGACUUUUAUAGCCGUUGGUUGGAAGGAAAACCAAUAUGAUCAUUGACUUUGGACAAAUAAUUUUUAGAUAGCAUCUUUAACUUGCUGCUUCUGUUUGAUCUGUUAACUCUACUGAUGUGAUACAUUAUCAGAAGAAUAUUGCAGUUUUGUUAUUCAAACAUUAAACAAUGCAUAAUUAUAGUAAA